UUGAAUAGGCGCACAGUAGCCAAGUCGUGAGGAACGGACUCAUCAAUAGAGCGUGGACAAGCCGGGACACGCAUCUUCGUCACCAUUCAAACUCACCACCACAGACGAUGACCAACGACCUGUCUAUUGCUGUUGGCAGCACACUUCGUGACCGUUACGAAAUCCUGCAUUGUAUUGCUCGGCAGCGGUUUUCGACGAUUUGGAUGGCUCGAGAUGCCCAACUGAAUGAUUACGUUGCAUUGAAGGUACAGUCGCCCGAUAAGCCUGUUCCAACUUGCGGAUGUGCAGAUGUGGCGAAGGCCAUAGUCCCUACCAACGAGGACGAGGAAGCUCAUCCUGGACGGACAAGCCUGCCGAUUCUUCUGGACUCUUUCGCGCUAGAAUCUGCUCCCGGAAAACCAGAGUUCCACUGCCUCGUAACACCUUUGCUAGGCCAGUCUAUCACUACGAUGUGCCACGACGGCUCCGCGUCUUUGCCCUGGGACGUCGUCAAGCGUAUCUGCAUUUUUCUACUGUUUGCGCUCGACUACCUACACAAUGUCAAGGGCGUCAUUCACACUGACAUCCACCCGGAUAACAUACUUAUCCAACCUACGGAAAGAAAUGGACCGGCUGCUAUCGCGAGUUUUCUGAAAAACUUGGAUCCGAAAGCCGACCCAGUCGGGCCUGUGUCGUUUCCUGUGGGAGACGUGAGGGAUUUAGCCGUGUCAUUAGCGGACUUGGAAACUGCACAUUUGAUGACAAAUCGAGACAAACACGACUUCGUGGUCCAACCUCAUCACCUGCGUGCUCCAGAAGUGAUUCUAGGAGCUCAGUGGGGUCCUCCAGCCGACAUAUGGAGCUUAGGUUGUCUCAUACACGAAUGGGCAACCUGUAGCGUUCUCUUUGCGCACGAUACCGUCACUGGCAAUCCACAGCAGAUUCUUGCGCAUAUGGUUCAAGUUCUUGGUAACUUCCCUCCAGAACUAGUUCAGAAGGGACGUUGGGCAAGUGGGUGGUUUAAUGACGACGGUUCCAUGAAGAUUGCACCAGAGCGGAUCGGUUCAUCAUUAAUGUUUGGUCCGCUAAUUGCCUAUAAUUUAUUUGAAGCACCUGGCUACAGGCCGCCUUUGCCUGAGAUUGACGAGCUAGAGCUUGGGAAAUUCAUACAUUUCCUCUCUCAGAUGCUCUGUCUCGAUCCAGAGAAGCGUUGGUCGGCAAUCGAUCUCGUCAAACACCCUUGGCUAUUCUCCACCUUCACCCAGUAUUAUCACGAUAUGGUGAAAGCGGUGCAAGAACGUGUGGCGGCAGAAGCGGCGGUGGCCGACUCGAGCGGCAAAGGAGAUAUCUAGAGCAUGGGAGUGAACUCAAAUGCCGAGGAGAAUGUACGAUACUAGGGCCCUACGACGAUGCCUGUUUCUCUCUAUUGUUUCGGCAACAUGCCCGACAUUGUACACCUACAUUAGAGUGGUCGCAUUGAGUAUGCUACAUGCCAGAUAUGGAUCACUUG